GGAGAUGGAAUGAUCUCGAUUAAGAAAGACCAGCAGUGGAAUUUCACUAAGCUGUGGCAGUCUGGUCAGAACCUCAAGACACAAUCCAGAGGAAGGAGGCCUGUGUUGACGUGGCAAGCUGACUGUUGUUUGGUUAAGGUGUCAGAUAUAGAUUGUCACGAUGAAGUUCUGGGCAGUACUUCUUUUGGGUGUCCUGGUUGGAGGAGCUUUGGCUGCAAAGGAUAUUGAGGAUGAGCCAACUGAGGAGCAGAUGGAUGAGGCCGAUGAUGUCCUGGAGGCUCUAGGAAAGGAUGAGGAGAAGGAGGUUGAAGCAGAGGAGGAAGAUGAGGAAGAGGAUGAGGAAGAGGGAAUACUUGAGAAACACCCCUGUUUUGACAAGAAGUGCAAGCGUGGUGAGGUGUGUGACCUUGAUGAGAAGCUGAAGCCCAUCUGUGUCUGCGCCAAGAAGUGCCCUGAACCAGAGGACCCUGCCCUGUCUGUCUGCUCCACUGCCAACAAGACUUAUGCCUCUGAGUGCCACCUCUUCAAGCAGAAAUGUGACCUGAAGAGCAGUGAAGACGGCAAGAGGGUGAGGAUCCAUCUGGACUACUACGGCCCCUGCAAGCUGAUUGAGGAGUGUCUGGAGGAGGAGCUGGCUGAGUUCCCCCUGAGGAUGAGGGACUGGCUCAAGAACGUCCUGGUCCAGCGCAUGUCACUGGAACUGCUGACAGACAAGGAGAUGUUCCACGCCAAGAAGAUCUACGAGGACGAGCGACGCCUGAAGAAGCGUGCCGAUGGCGGAGACUGGGAGGCAGAGAUCCUGCUGCGUGACUUCCGCAAGAACUACGCUCACUACGUCUACCCCAUCCACUGGAUGUUCUCUAAGCUGGACCAGCACCCCAAGGACAGGUAUCUGACUCACGCUGAGCUGGCUCCCCUGCGCGCUCCCCUGGUACCCAUGGAGCACUGCACAACCACCUUCUUCAAGACAUGUGAUGACGACGGAGACAAGAGAAUCUCCCUGUAUGAGUGGGGAGCCUGUCUGGAGCUGAAGGAAGAGGACAUCAAGCAGUACCUGAUUGACUAAGAAGGGUCCAGCAGUUAAUUUACAACUGAUACAACUUGGGAAUAAAUAUGGUGCUACUGGUCAUUGGAACAAUUGGAUACUGAAAUCUAUGACUCCAAGUAGAUGUAUACUUUGGUAGCAGAGUUCUAGACAUACUAGUAAUGUAUUUUCUCCUAUAUAUUUCUCUAUUUUAUACUAUGUGUAACAACAGCAAAUAAUGCUUAUAACAGCUGUAAAUGAUGUAUGACAAAUGUAUAAUGUCCGUGCCACAUGCAUGCACUCGUGUAAGAACUACAUGUACAGUGUAUAUUGGUGGCAUUAUCUUAACUUAAUAAGCUUGCGGGUGAAAUCUGGAAUUUUCUUCUGAUCUCUACUCAUUCCUUACGACCAGCCUCUUCCUCUUUACCGACUGUUUUUUAAAAUAAAUUUGAGCAAAUUCAAUUCU